AUGAAUUCACAAACAGUGCUUCAGUUGAAAGCACUCGCAAAACACCUAGGGUUGAGAGGAUAUUCACGUUUGAGAAAAGCAGAGCUCAUUGAGUUCAUCGAGCGGUCGAGACCAAGAGGGAUUGUUAAUUUUGUUGAGGAGAGUUUUGUGGAGAGAGCAGGAGGGUCUCUGCUCGAUGAUCCGAUUCCUAAACAUGAGAUUCCAAAAGGGCAGAAAAUCUUGAAACCGUCAAAACCAGCAAAGCUGGUGAAAAAGAUUGAGAAGGCUGUUGAUUGGGGAAAGAGGGAGGUAGAGGAUUGGGGGCAUUGGUUGAAGGAGAUGGAUGCGCCGAGAGUUGUGGUUGAUGACAAGUUGAAAGAUUUCAAAGCGUAUAUCACUAAACUCUAUGAAAAAAGAGACCAACACCGUUUCACACUUGUUGAGAGCAAGUCUUCAUUGAAACAGUUCACGAGGCAGUACACGAUUGAUGGGGUGGGGGGUUAUGGAGCAUUGGACUUUCUUCAGACUGUAAAACCGAUCGUUAUCAACUUUCUAUUAACGCAAAAGAGUAUCAAGAUGGAACUCAUCCUCGGAUGUAACAUGUCAAAGACUAACAUUGCGACGGGUGAGACUGUGCUCAAAACUUUUCCUUUUGCAUCUUUCAUGGAGAUUGUCUUUCAAGAGACUGAUCGAGAAGGGCUUUAUCAGAGGUGUGUUGACAAAAUGAUGGAGAGCUUGGCUAGUUUUCAAAGGAAUGGAAGCGGUUGGGUUUUGCAUUCGAUUGCGGGGUUGGAUUUGUAUAUGGUGAAAUACACUCCUUUGAAAGGCUCCUCAUACAUUGAGCUAUCACCACAUCUCGCAAAAAAGAAGGCCAUCAUAAACAUGAAGAAUGAGGAUGACGAAUGUUUCAAAUGGUGUGUCACGAGAGCUUUGAAUCCUGUGGAAAAGAACCAAGAGCGUGUCACAAAGAUUUUGAGAGAGCAGGCAAAGAUAUUGAGAUGGGAUGGGAUAAAGUUUCCGAUGGAGGUAAAGAGCAUUCACCGUUUUGAAACAUUGAAUCCAAGUCUUGCUGUCAACGUCUACAUGUAUGAAGGAGGACUCAAACCCUUGAGAGUGAGCAAUGUCGAGAGCAACAAGCCUCGCAUCCAUCUUCUUUUCAUCUCUGAUGGUGAUAAGCAGCAUUACUGUCUCAUCAAAUCUUUGAGUCGGCUCGUAUCGAGUUAUUUGUCGAAGAAAGAACACAAGAAGUUUAUCUGUGAGAGAUGUCUCAAUCAUUUCGGAACUCAGAAACUACUUGAUACACAUAUUGAACUUUGUGGAGAACAUGAGGCUGUGAGAGAGAGGAUGCCACCUUCUGAAACUUUUCUCUCUUUCAAAAACCAUCACAAGAAGAUGGACAUGCCGUUCGUCAUCUAUGCUGACUUUGAAUCGAUCAUCAAACCUUUGCACACCGUUCAACCAAAUCCUAAAAAGUGUUACACCGAGAAGAAGCAGAAACAUAUCCCGGUGAGUUUUUGCUACUUUGUUAAAUGCUCUUUCGAUGACAAACAUUCGAAACUGGUUGAAUACACAGCAAAGUCUGAGGAUGAAGAUGUUGCACAGAUAUUUGUUGACAUGCUUGAAGAGGAGGUUAAGGCAAUAUACAAAAACCAUCCCACAAAAGAGAUGAUCUUCGAAGACAGUGAUGCUGAAAUCUUUGAAAAAGCAACGUGUUGUUGGUUAUGUGGAGAGGAUUUCAAGAAGGAAGACAUGAAGGUUCGUGAUCAUUGUCAUUACACUGGUAAAUUUCGAGGAGCUGCGCAUAACAGUUGCAACCUGAGAUUCCGACGACCAAAAUUCACUCCUGUAGUCUUUCACAACUUAGCAAACUAUGACGCACAUCUCUUCGUUAGAAAUCUCGGCGUUUCAGAAGGUGACAUUAAUUGCAUUCCCAACAACGAAGAAAAAUACAUCAGCUUCACAAAAAGCAUUGAAGUUAACAAGUUUUUCGAUUUCGAGAAAGAAAAAGACAUUGUUGUCAAGAGAGAGUUGAGGUUCAUUGACAGCUUCAAAUUCAUGGCUUCUAGUCUUGCCAAGCUUGUCAACAACCUCACCAAAAAGGGUGACUCUUUUGAAAAUGUAGGAAGAUACUUUGAUGGAGAGAAGAUUGAACUGUUGAAGAGAAAGGGUGUCUAUCCUUAUGAAUGGUUGGAUUCUAUCAACAGACUAGAUGAAACUGAACUUCCACCGAUCGAAGCUUUCUUCUCUGUUCUCAGUGGUAGUGGGAUCUCUGAAAAAGAUUAUGAUCAUGCACAAGAAGUAUGGAAAACCUUCGGAAUGAAGACGAUGCGAGACUAUCACAAUCUUUACAAUCGAAGUGAUGUUCUAUUUUUGUGUGAUGUUUUUGAGAACUUUCGGAAGGUUUGCAAGGAGAACUACGACCUCGACCCCUGUUGGUACUACACCGCACCUGGGUUGGCUUGGGAUGCAUGUCUCAAAAUGACACAGAUCAAUCUUGAGCUGUUGAGCGAUCCAAACAUGUUGCAUAUGUUUGAGAAAGGUAUUCGUGGAGGUAUCUCAAUGAUUACAACAAGACAUUCUCAAGCCAACAACAGAUACAUGGGGGAGAGGUUUGACACCACCAAACCUUCAAAGUUUAUCACGUAUCUUGACGCAAACAACCUCUACGGUUGGGCGAUGAGUAAGAGUCUGCCAACGCAUGGUUUCAAAUGGGUGGAUGAAAAAGACUUUGGGGGGUGGAAGAAUUUUCCCUGCAUUCUUGAGGUUGACUUGCUUCCCGUUGAGAAAGAUUUACACGAUCACUUUAAUGACUAUCCCCUCGCUCCUGAGAAUCUGUUGGUUGGGAAAGUUCAUAAGCUGGUCUGCACCUUGAAUGGUAAAAAGAAGUACAUCAUUCACCAUGAGGCUUUGAAGCUUUACAUGAGUCUUGGUGUUAAAAUUGGAAAGAUUCACCGUAUCAUCAGGUUUGAAGAGAGCUCUUGGAUGAAGAAGUAUAUCGAUCUCAACACAUCUUUGCGAGCUAAGGCCGACAACGAUUUUGAGAAGGACUUUUUCAAACUCAUGAACAACUCUGUCUACGGCAAGACGAUGGAAAACAUUCGGAACCGGGUUGAUGUCAGACUUGUCAACUCAGAAGAGAAGGCAGAGAAGUUGGCAAAGAGGCCCAACUUCAAAAAUUGCACCAUAUUCUCCGAAAAUCUCUGUGCGAUUGAGAUGAGAAGGACGCAAAUUCUCUUCAACAAACCCGUCUAUCUCGGAAUGUGUAUCCUCGAUAUCAGCAAGACUCUGAUGUAUGACUUUCAUUACCACUACAUCAAAUCCAAGUACGGAGACAGAGCAAAGCUUCUUUUCACCGACACAGACAGUCUCUGCUAUGAGAUUCAGACUGAAGAUUUUUACAAAGACAUAAUUGAUGAUGUGGACUGUUUGUUUGACACAAGCAACAAUUCAAAGGAGCAUUCUUCCGGGUUGCCAACCGGUGUGAACAAGAAAGUUAUUGGAAAGUUCAAGGAUGAGGCGGGUGGAAAAAUCAUUGAAGAGUUUGUCGGUUUGAGGGCAAAGCUUUACAGCUACAAGAUGUUUGAUGGGGGGGAUGAGAAGAAGAAGUGUAAGGGAGUGAAGACAGGAGUGGUAGAGAGUACCAUCAGCUUCGAUGACUAUAAGAGCUGUCUGUUUGAUGGUGGAAAACAGCAUCGGAAAAUGAACACGCUUCGGAGUCGAAAGCAUGAGAUGUUUAUGGAAGAGAUCAAUAAAGUCGCCUUGUCUGCUGAUGAUGACAAGCGAAUCAUUCUACCAGACAGAGUGAACACACAUGCAAUUGGACAUGAAUGA